ACACUAUGAAGCUCAAGGUAUUAAGAAAUGCUAUACAAGAUUUGGAUGACAGAAAAACUGUUGAAGAUUACGAUGCAACCACAUUUCUUACAUUGUCAACUGACAAUGAGGAUGAUGAAGUUGUAAGUGAAAACCUUAAAGAGUAUUUACUGUAA